AUGGCCACCACGACGUCCCUCCUCCACAAGCUGCUGCGCCUGACCAAUUUCCGGUCGCCGCUGCUCCGCGCGGUCGUGCCCGGCGUCGGCGCCGCCUUCGCGCUGCAGGCCGCCGUGGGCCUGCCCUCGGUGCUCGCGCGGUCCGAGCGCUUCUUCGACGCCUCCGGCUCCGCGACCUUCUUCGCCGUGACGCUCCUCAGCCUGUACCUGCCGGGCCUGCGCGCGCGCGCCGCCGCCGCCGCCGCCGCCUCGCCGCAGCCCUUGCUCAGCAUCCUGGCCGCCCCGCACUGGCGCCAGAUCGCGCUCAGCGCCGCCGUCGCCGCCUGGUCCGUCCGCUUGGGCGCCUACCUCUUCGCGCGCGUGCUCGCGGACGGCAGCGACUCGCGCUUCGACGGGCUGCGCGACGCGCCCGCGCGCUUCGCCGGCGUCUGGCUCGCCCAGGCCGUCUGGGUGUCGGUGUGCCUGGGGCCCGUGCUGCUGGCGAACGGGGUGCCGGCGGCCGCGGCGGCCGCGACGCCCCCCGCCGCCGCCGCCGCGUACGGCCUCGGCCUGGCCGUCUUCGCCGGCGGCUUCGCGCUCGAGGUCGCCGCCGACGCCCAGAAGAGCCGCUGGCGCCGCCGCGCCCGCGACAAGCGCCACGACCGCCCGUUCCUCGCCGAGGGCCUGUGGAGCCGGAGCCGGUACCCCAACUACUUCGGCGAGUGCGCCCUCUGGACCGGCGUCGCCGUCGCCGCCGCGAGCCUGCUCGUCCCGCGCCCCGCGCAGCUCGGCCUCGGACUCACCGCGCCCGUCGCCGGCCGCGUCGCCGUCCUCGCCGCCGCCGCCGCCUCCCCGGCCUUCGUCGCCUUCCUGCUGCUGCGCGUCAGCGGCGUCCCGCUCAGCGAGCGCAAGUACGACGCGCGCUACGGCCACCGCGACGACUACCGCGCCUGGAAGCAGAGCACGCCUAAGUUUUUUCCUAAGCUGUUCUAGCUGUGUUUGUUGCGUGACUUGGGGGAACUCGCGGUGAGGGCGCUGAAUAUGGAGCGGGUGGUGAACGGACAGGCAGGUGGUUUCUCUACAGGAGAGGUAGGAGGGCGAGGAGGUCUUGCGUGGGGAGGAAUAAGAUGAUAUGGGACACGCGUGCGACAGAAGGGUAAGGGAACGGAGAUGUAAAUCGUUGUAUGGCAUUUGCCGCGUGUGCAGCAGAUCUGGCAGCCCAUGUUUGUCCCAGUCCGGUCUGGCCUGAAUAUCGGAUUAGGAGCGAUGACGGCUCCUUGAAUGAUAGUGAUUGCGCAUGUAUCGCUUCUUAUAAUGCAUUUAUUCAACC